AUGGUCGUAACCCCAGCCGACACCCAAACACGCCCACGAAUUCAGUCUGCAAGACGUGCUCUUGUGUACGGUCUUCCUCCGGACUGGACGGCUGUCUUCCAGACCGUUACCAGCAUCCAACCACCCCUCAUCAACCCAGCUUUCAUCCAAUUCUUCUCCAUGGCCGCUAAAGUCGCAGCGGCAGACCCUGUUCCUGGUCGUCGUUUCCAGCGCAUAUCGUUUGGGGCUUUGAUCUUGGAGUUUAUAGCGAAUGAUGACCAGAACCAGGUAGUUACAAAGGAGUUCGUUGAAGCAGCCUCCCUCUGGCUUCUAGAUGCUGCCCAGAAAGGAUGGACGGGCCUUUUCAAAGCUUGGGUACUCGACAGAGUGGACGGGGAUAUUGUGUUCAUACGAUUGACGAGUGUAUGGGAUGAGAUGAUGUCCUUAACCUCUUGA